AUGGUUAUCGCAUCCAGUACACCUAAGCUUAUAGCUGCAGGCGGGCUUGCUGUGGUUGCAACAUUCCUAGCACGUUUUCUCAUGCGGGGAUUUUCGAUCCGGCGGAGGUUCUACAGAAUGAAGGCCAGCGGGAUUGUGGGUGAAGUCAAAUGCUUGCUUGGGCAUUAUCUAAUACCUCAAUUCCCAAAGCCGACGGUAGGACUGGUAGCUGUAGCAAACAUCCAACACCAGGGUUGA